GCAGGCAGCAGGCAGAUCCCAGCUCGCAGCCCUCCCUGUGCAGCUCCACGCCACACCCCUCCCACGCGGAUCGCUAGGGGAGGAUCGCACUCAGCUCUGAUUCAGGAAUUCCCUCUUUCUUCAAGAGCUGUUGCUAGGAGUUGGGAGAAAUGAAGGGAAGAAAGAAGGGACGUUCCUCACCUUCACCCUUGAUCUUGCUGCUCUUCUGUAUCGCCGGGCAUGCAACUGCUGAGCUGGAUGGCAGCAAAGAAGAGCAUGUUGUGGGUGCUGGUUUGCCUCCACUGAAGCUGGUGCACUCCUUCUGUGCCAUGAAAGCCGACGAAGGCCCGUGCAAAGCCAUCCACAUCCGAUAUUUCUUCAGCAUCAAGAGCCGCAAGUGCGAGGUGUUUGAGUAUGGUGGAUGCCAUGGCAAUGAGAACAACUUCCUGACACUGGAGGAAUGCCAGGAGAAGUGUGUGCCAAAAGAAUUUCCUCAGAAGAUGGCAUUAGCAAAAAAUAAGAAAGCAUUGUUUCUAGGACAGCCUGACUUCUGCUUCCACGCCCAAGAGCCCGGGGUGUGCCGAGGGUAUUUUACCAGGUACUUCUACAACAAAGAGACAAAAUUGUGUGAGAAAUUCAAGUAUGGUGGGUGCCUAGGAAACCAGAACAACUUCAGGAGUUUGGAGGAGUGCCAGAAAACCUGCGAAGACAACUCUGUUACAGCUGAAGAUCAUCCCAGCACUGUGAACAGCAGCUCCCCAGCAGCAGGGCAUCCCAGCACUGUGAACAGCAGCUCCCCAGCAGCAGAGCAUCCCAGCACUGUGAACAGCAGCUCCCCAGCAGCAGAGCAUCCCAGCACUGUGAACAGCAGCUCCCCAGCAGAAGCACCCAGCCAGUCUCCUGGGAUUUUUGGUAAUUCACUGCCAGCUGCUCCAAAUGAGGAGUCCAACACCCUGAACAGCAGUUCCCCAAAGGAGGAGCCCAACCAGUUCCCCAUUUUUUUUGUUGUGCAAGAGGAAGCAACAAACAGUUGGAAAGAGCCUGAGCAUUCUCACCAAGUAUUUAUGUUGGUUUUUUGCUUUUGCACUUGCUUGCACUUUUGAGGACUGAGUGAUGACGUAGAGACUCGCAUUUUAUAUGUUUCUGCAUUUUAUAUGAUCUGUAAGAUAACAGGUGUGUAGGUGGCAUUCCUGUGCUCUUUGCUUAGAAUGGAGUGUCCAAUAAAGCAUGACUGUGUGCUGUACUCUGAUUUUUGCCUGCGCUGUAAUCUAUAAGCACUGCUGGUCUGAUGUAAGUUUCUGUACAGUUGUGUUGUUUGCCACGUGCAAAGCAUCAACGAACUCUGUAAUUUAAAUGAAUGAAUAUAAAACAGUAAAGAUUUUGGCAACCUGUUUUACUGAAAACUCUGAAUUGCGUAAGGUCUGCUAAUAAGUCUAGGGGCAUUAAGGGGCAAGCACAUUCCCUGAAAGUUUUUAGUCAUAGUAUGAAUAAUCCUCCAAACAGCUGACCUAUACCAGGAAAGGAGCAUGCUUCACUAUGUUUUCUUAGAGGAAAUGGAAGGGGUUUUGACUGUGUCAGCAACAGGGAAUUUUCCUGCACAGCAGACUUUGAGGGUAAGAGAAAGAGAACUGAAGACUGAUGGAACAGAGUCAGUGUAGCAGAUGGGUUGGGUGAGAAGCGCAGCUGUGGAAGGACCAGGGAAUUUCAGUGGAAAGUCUGAAGAUCCAACAGGUUCUUCCUAACUGUGUGACCUUUGUCUUGCCCUUGUCUGCCUCAUGCAGCCUUCUGCUCUGUUUAUCAGCUGGUACCCUUCAGGCUGCUGGAAUGGGCUAAAAUCAGGUGAUUUUGGCAAUCCCACUAGAGAGGAAAGCCAAAGCUGACCGCUGAUUUCUCCACAGAGACCUGGAGAACGUUGUCUCCAUUGUUGCUCUUUCUGGAGGUGCAGCUAUACAGUGAAGCUCCAAGGCAGAGACAGGUCACACAAACGUGCAGGGUGACUGUCUGUAGCUUUCUGUGAGGGACAGGAAUUUCAGUGAACUAUUUGGGAUGGAGUGGCUGAUGUCCAUCUCCUCAAGCAUAGGCAAAUUGAUCUGCCAUUGUAAUAUCUAUUUGCUAUGUAAAUUAGCCUGGCUAUGUAUCUUUUUCAAA